AGUUUAUAAUACAUAACACUUUUAAGUUUUAAAUAUUUUGAGUUAUAAUACAUACAUGAUAUAUGAGGGAUUACAAAUACAGGUAGUUAAUUGUUUUUUCUGGUAUUUCUAUUCAUAGAUAUGCAAUGUUUAUUGUCAUUUAUGACUAUUGACAGAUUUGCUUUCUUUUUUGCAAGUUGGUGUAUAUAUAUAAAUGUUAACUCACAACAUUUUGCCUUAUAAUGUAAGGUAUAGUCAUACUUUAAUCAUUACAUGAUAUUACCAUACUUUAAGCAUAUCUGUUGAUGAUGUCAUAAUUGUAAAUAAAUGCUGUGUAUCUGUUAAUAGCGAAAAGUAAAAACCUAAUUAGUUACUUAUAUUUGCAAUCCCUUAUGUAUUUUAACUCAAAAACUUAAAACUUUAAAGUGUUAUGUACAAUAAACAAAUGAAUUAAUAUUAAAAAUUCAAAGUCCAUUUACUAUUAAAAAUACUUCAAUACUUAUUAUUAAAUUCAAAAUAUAUAUUCCCAUUUGAAAACACAAAGUUGACACUAUUACAAGACAUAAGGAGUGAAUUUAAAAAGUAUUAUAUAGCUAAUUCAAGAAUAAUAAGUAGUUAUAGAAUACAAGAUGACCAUAUUAUCAUGAAUAAUGGAAAUGAAAAUUUCUGGGAGAUGGGUGAUUAUGGACCUUGUGGCCCUUGUACAGAAAUUCACAUAGAUUAUCCUCCAUCAGGUGGAAAAAAUCUCAUUGAGUUAUGGAACAUAGUUUUUAUUCAGUAUUCUCGAGAAAAAGAUGGUUUUUUAAGAAGACUUCCUAAAUGUUUCAUAGAUACUGGUAUGGGACUUGAACGUUUAGUUAUGGUAUUACAAGAGAAAAAAUCUACUUAUGAAACUGAUCUAUUUUCAUCUAUAUUAGAUCUUAUUUCUAAAGAAAAUAAUAUUUUAAAUUACUCAAAAUCAUUUGACUUAAAUCAUUAUAUUUUAGCUGAUCAUUGUCGUAUGAUAACUGUUUCAUUAGCAGAUAAUGUGCUUCCUAGUCAUAAUCACAAAUUAAGAAGAAUUAUACGCAAGUCUUUUAUAAUGACUGAAACAUGUUUCAAUGUUCAACCUGCACUUAGUCUUAUUUUAAAAAUUGUUGAUGAAGUAGUAGAAAAUCUGGGACAAACAUAUCCAGAACUGAAACAAAAUUUACAAAAGGUAAAACAUCUCUUAAAAUAUGAAUAUACUAUAUUUGAUAAUUUAAGAAAAUCAAUUUUCAAAGAGUGGAAUAAUGUUGUUGAGCAUUGGCCAAUUUUAAUCAAAUUUGAUCCAUAUGAGGAGUGUACUGGUUUUAUACUGGCUUGUAAAUAUUUAAUCAAACAUAGUAGUAAAAUAAAGGAAAUCCCAGCAUUCACUUUAUAUGAUGCAUUUGGUUUGGAUAUUCAAACUAUAAAAGAAUUAUCUAAAACUUUAGGUCUUCCUAUUAAUUGGAAUGAAUUUAAUUGUCAACUUAAUGCUUUACGAUCAAAAACAAAGAAUCAAGUUUACCAUCUUAGUAAAAAUAAUGACUUAAUAAAUAAUUUUCCUGCAACCAAAGAUCAUUUUAAGUAUGAUAUUUUUCGUCAUGCAGAUCAUUCUUAUAUUAUACCAACAAUAACAUCCAAACUUAUAGCCAUCUUAGAUACUAAUGGAAAUGUUAUUAAUGAUUCUAAUAUUCAUAAGUAUGGUAAAAACGUCUCUUUAGUAUUAGAAAAAACAAAUUUUUACUGCGAAUCUGGUGGUCAAGAAAGUGAUAUUGGUAUAAUUAGAACUAAGAAUGGGACAAAUUUUGUUGUUAAAAAUGUUAAUAAAGUUCAAGAAAAUGGUGUCAUAUUGCAUCAUAUUGAAUCAGAUAAAUGGCCAAUUUUGUUAAAUGAAAAAGAAUUAUAUGUUGUCAUUGAUGUAGAUCAUCGAUUAGGUUUAAUGCGUUCUCAUUCUUCUGUUCAUAUAUUAAAUUCUAUUCUCACUUCAUAUCUAGUAGUUACUUGUCAAACAUCAAGUAGGGUUAAAAAAGAUUUAAUGUUGUUCAAGUUUGCAUUAUUUGGUCAAAAAUUUACAGAAAAAGAUGCAUUAAUUAUUGAAAAAAAAGUUAUCGAUGUUAUUAAAUCCUCUAUGGCUAUUAAAAGAACUACUAUAAUGUCAAAUGAUUUAAACAAACUCAAUGUAACAGUUAUUCCUGGAGAAGUUUAUCCAGAUGGUGAAGUAUAUGUGAUAGACAUAUUUAAGGAUCAGUCAUAUCUUUCUAGGGAAGCUUGUUGUGGUACGCAUGUUGAAAAUACAUUAGAUUUGAUAGAUUUCUGCUUAGUUCAAUGUAAAAUAACAAAUAAUGAAUGUACUUUGUUGGGUGUAACUGGAUAUUUAUGUUUGAAUGUACAGUCAUAUGGAAUAGCUUUAUUAAAUAAAAUAAUUGAAAUUGAAAAAAAAAUUAAUAUUAUGUUGAAAAGUGAAGAAAUAGCAUCAAAUGAGUUGAAAAUUGUAAUGGAUGAAAUAAAUAAUUUAAAAUUCAAAACAAAAGGAGAUUCCAAAACUUAUAUGCCAUUAAAAAAUCAAAUAGAUGCAAACAAAAAAUUUUUUUCAAUUGAGAGAAAAAUACAAAAAAUUAUGAAAAAUGAAAAAAAAAAAAUUCUUAAAAAGAAUUUAGAGAAACUAUAUAAUGAAAAAUACAUUGUUGGAAAAAUCGACUGUGAUAAUUUUUAUUUUGAUGAUAAUCGAUUCCAUCUUGAUGAAGUUGCUGAACAAUACAAUAGGAUACCUUGUUUACUUUUUACUUUUAAAAAUGGAAUUAUUCAUAUAUACUGUCAGAUUCCUUUAGAAUACUCAGAAAAUGAAAUUUGGCUGAAGAAUUUAUGGAAAAAUUUGAAUAUCACAUCUGUUAAAUUCAAAAUUAAAGGUUUAAUUAAAUUUACUGAUGUAAAAGUGAAAGAUAUAGAUGCACUUAAAUGUCUCAAUAUAAUUGAUAAUACUAUUCAUAGUGUUAAAAAUCAUUAUGAUUAUAAUUAUAAUAUUAAUAGGUUCAAGUAA